UUCGCUUUUUCCUUUUAAAUUAUUUCACCCUGACUUUUUAUUGGGUUUUCUGAACCCUUUCCUGUUCAUGUUUCAUUACAAUCUGCCUAUUGCAUGAUAAAUCAUGAUCCAUGAGGUAUUUUUCCUCCUCAUCUUAUCUUCCUAGCCGAUUCCAUUUAGAACAAGUAGUUUUGUUCGUACAUUUUGUUUGUUCUUUAUACAUUGUUAUUUGUACUUUUCUCUCGCAUUGUAAUGAGUAAUGUGUAAGAGAUUGGUGUUCUAAUGAUUUUUUUUUGUUACAGCUGCUACAAAACGGUGCUGGCCAAAAUCAGAAUUGAAGCAAGUCCAAUUGAAAGCGGCUACAUGGCUUGCACAAGCACAAUCGAAGUUGGACAACAUGAGGUCUCCAGCGAAUCGAGCAGGAAUUCUAUUUCAAGCAGCUCAGAAAUGACAACAUCCUCGACCUGAAUAACCGUAAUCGCGGGAGGAUGGGUCGUUUAACUACGGCCGGAAUCGCUGACUCAAUGAACUUACUCGUUCGACGACAAAUAAGUUUGAUUGACUUUUUAAAAAGAGUCUCACAUCAGACUGACUCAUUGUUUGAUGUUUUCAACCACUCUCUACAAGCAAACGAGGGAUUAUUCGCGGAAGAACUGGAGGUUGACAUCAGAGAUGAGUGGAUAACUCUAGACGUCGAUGAGGAGGAGGACGAGGAAGAGGUGGUGGUUGUGGAAGAAGCUGCUGCCGUCCCAGCUGUUGCCGAGCCAGUCCCAGAAAGGUUGGUGCAACGAAGACCUCGCGGCCGUGGCCAAUCGCGGGGUCGUCGUGGCCAGCAGCCAAGAGGUGCUCGUGGCCGAUCUCGUCUUCAACAGUGUGGGCAAGGAAUGAACAACCGGCACAAUUUCGGCCGCUGCACCAUCUGUUUGGACCUCGAGUCAACCCAUGCGGCGAUUCCAUGCAGUCACAUCUGCAUGUGCACUCGAUGUGCUAAUCUAAAUAGACAACAUAAUCCACGGGACUUGAGAUGCCCACUGUGCAAUAUUCCGAGCACGGAAUACGUCAGAAUGUGGGCAUCGGAUACUGUGUAGAGGGUGGAGAUUUCUUUUUUGGAUAUGGCUAAUUAUCAAAGUUUACGGUAUUAAUUAAUGAAAUAGCAAUCUCAGUAGGCUACCCUUUAUUUCAAUAAACGACAAGUUUCAACUC